AUGUCUUCCCAACCCAACCCGCUCCGCAACAUCCAGACGUCAACCGUCUUCCUCAAUACAACCCUCGCUGGCCUGAACUUGGGCCUCUCCUUCUUUGUCGUACCCCGCCUCCUUGAAUCGCCCACUCCCCUCAUGCUACGACAGUGGUCCAACAUGUUCAAGCGGACCAGUCGGGUCUUCCCGCUACCGACCCUCUUCUGCGCAUUGAGCUACUGGUACAUGGCCUAUGCCGUGCGCCACCUCCCCAGCAAGUCGAAGCUACUGGCCGCUGCCGGUGCUCUUUGCUUUUCGAUGGUCCCUUGGACCGGCUUAUUCAUGGUCAGCAUCAACAAGAAGCUAUUCGAGAAAGCCGAGGAAGCCAAGGACGUGGGCAUCAUGGCCAUUGGGCUGUCUCAGGAAGAGGAGGAGGGGGCCAAAUCUCUCGUGGAUCAAUGGGGCUUGUAUAAUCUGGGAAGAGGCGUUGCCAUCGGCCUUGGUGGUGCUGUUGGUCUUUACAGCAUCGUUUCUUGA